AUGCAGGUCACCGAGCCGCGAACCCUGCUCCUGCUGCUCUCGGGGUCCCUAGCCCUGACCGAGACCUGGGCGGGCUCCCACUCCCUGAGGUAUUUCUACACCGCCGUGUCCCGGCCGGGCCUCGGGGAGCCCCGCUUCAUCACCGUCGGCUACGUGGACGACACGCAGUUCGUGCGGUUCGACAGCGACGCCCCGGAUCCGAGGGUAGAACCGCGGGCGCUGUGGGUGGAGCAGGAGGGGCCCGAGUAUUGGGAUCAGGAGACUCAGAGAACCAGAGAUACCGCACAGUUUUUCCGAAUGAGCCUGAACACCCUGCGCGGCUACUACAACCAGAGCGAGGCCGAGUCUCACACCCUCCAGGAGAUGUAUGGCUGCGACGUGGGGCCGGACGGGCGUCUCCUCCGCGGGUAUGACCAGUUCGCCUACGACGGCAGAGAUUACAUCUCCCUGAAUGAGGACCUGCGCUCCUGGACCGCGGCGGAGACGGCGGCUCAGAUCUCCAAGCACAAUGCUGAGGCGGCCGGUGAUGCGGCGCGUGUGAGGAACUAUCUGGAGGGCAAGUGCGUGGAGUGGCUCCGCAGAUACCUAGAGACAGGAAACGACACGCUGCUGCGCGCAGACCCUCCAAAGGCAUGUGUGACUCAUCACCCCAUCUCUGACCGUGAGGUCACCCUGAGGUGCUGGGCCCUGGGCUUCUACCCUGAGGCGAUCUCACUGACCUGGCAGCGUGACGGGGAGGACCAGACUCAGGACAUGGAGCUUGUGGAGACCAGGCCUUCAGGGGAUGGAACCUUCCAGAAGUGGGCAGCCCUGGUGGUGCCUUCUGGAGAGGAGCUGAGAUACACAUGUCAUGUGCAGCAUGAGGGGUUCCAGGAGCCCCUCACCCUGAGAUGGGAACCUCCUCAGCCCUCCGUCCUCAUCAUGGGCAUCACUGUUGGCCUGGUUCUCAUGGUCAAUGGAGCUGUGGUGACUGGAGCUGUGAUUUGGAGGAAGAAGUGGUCAGGUAGCAAAAGGAGGGAGGGAUCUGAGUUUUCUUGCUGUGACAGUGCCCUGGGCUCUGAUGUGUCUCUCACGGUUCCUAAAGCUGCAUCUGAGUGUGUCUGUGCUCCUAUUAGCAUAAGAUGA